CGCCUCCAUUGUCAGGCAGAUCAAUGAGCAGGAAGUAGUCACUAUUUUUAGCCCUGUGUAGGUAUAAGAGCUGUUUGAAGAUGUCUCUUAUAGAAGUUCUUCUCCAGACAUCGAGUACGGUGACACUGCUGGGGGCUCUGCUGUUUCUGCUGGCUCUUUACUGCCUCUCCUCUGAUUCCAACUCUGAGGAACAGGGGAAGGCGCCUCCAGGACCCAGGCCUCUGCCCCUGCUUGGUAACAUGCUCCAGCUGGAUCUCAAGAGGCCCUACCGCACCCUCUGUAAGCUGUCCAAGAAAUAUGGGUCUGUUUUCACGGUUCACUUUGGACCCACAAAAGUGGUCAUCCUGGCAGGAUACAAGACGGUCAAGCAGGCGCUGGUCAACCAUGCAGAGGAGUUUGGGGACAGGGGCAUGCUUCCUGUGUUGUAUGACUUCACCAAUGGACAUGGUAUUCUGUUUGGCAAUGGUGACUCAUGGAAAGAGAUGAGGCACUUUGCCCUGGCGAACCUUAGAGACUUUGGGAUGGGCAAGAAAGGGAGUGAGGAGAAAAUCUCAGAGGAAAUUCACUACCUGAUUGAAGUGUUGGAAAAACAUGAGGGUAAAGCAUUUGACACAACCCAGCCAUUGAGUUAUGCUGUCGCCAACGUAAUCUCCAACAUUGUGUACGGCAGCAGGUUUGAAUACUCUGACUCCAAGUUCCGAGCCACAGUGGAUCGAGCCAAUGAGAACCUACGAAUUGCAGGCUCUGUUUCAGUUCAGUUGUACAACAUGUUCCCCUGGCUGGGCCCUUGGCUGAAAAGCAGGAAGCUUUUGUUGAAGAAUAUUGAGAACAACAAGAAGGAGAUGGGGGAGCUGGUGAGGGGGCUGAAGGAGACUCUCAACCCUCAAAUGUGUAGAGGCUUUGUGGACUCGUUCCUUGUCCGAAAGCAGACCCUGGAGGAAUCUGGCAACAAGAACUCUCACUACCAUGACAACAACCUGAUAUCCUCUGUGAGAAACAUGUUUUCUAAUGGUACUAACACCACAGGGACAACCCUAUGCUGGGCUUUGAUGCUAAUGGCCAAGUACCCUCUUAUACAGGACCGGGUCCAGGAGGAGAUCAGCAGGGUUAUAGGAAGUCGUCAGCCCUUAGCAGAGGACAGGAAGAACCUGCCCUACACUGAUGCAGUGAUCCAUGAGACCCAGCGACUGGCCAACGUUUUACCCAUGGCCAUCCCUCAUACCACCAGCCGAGACAUCACCUUCCAGGGAUAUUUCAUCAAGAAGGGGACGCUUGUGUUUCCUCUACUGACGUCUGUCCUACAAGAUGGAAGCGAGUGGGAGAGCCCACACACCUUUAACCCCGCCCACUUUCUGGAUGAGGAAGGUCGAUUCGCCAAGAGGGAUGCCUUCAUGCCCUUCUCUGCAGGUCGUAGGGUGUGCCUGGGGGAGGGUCUGGCCAGGAUGGCGCUCUUCCUCUUCUUCACCUCUCUCCUGCAGCGCUUUCAUUUCUCUCCUCCUCCUGGAGUAACAGAGGAUGAUCUGGACCUCACACCGGCCGUGGGGUUGACCCUCAAUCCUUCACCUCACCAGCUGUGUGCUGUGAGCCGGGUCUGAGAUGAGACCAGUCCCUCAAUGGUUUUGGUUUAAUUUGAUUGCUCUACAUUCCAACAAUGUAAUUGAUUGAUACAAAGGACCGCUAUUAUGUAUGUACAGGAUGCUUGUUGUUUUUGCUUGCUGUCCUGCCUUGUCUGGGACUGGACAGCUGUUGCUAAGUAAAGUCAAUCAGUCUUCUAGCUAAUGUUAUCAUUAGUUGAUAUAUAUAUAUAUACCUAACCUUGUGGGCAUGUUUUUAUAUGACUAGCAAGCAUACUUAGCCAUAUCUGCUAGCUAGAACAAAUAACUACCACUAACUAGCUAGCUCCAGCAGGAGUGGAAGUUCAGCUGCCUACUUUCCCUCCAUUAGUGGUUCCAGUUGUUGAAGGAGACUUGAAACAAAAAGACAGCAUUUACACAGGAAACCCAAUUCUGAUCUUUUUCCACUGUUUAGUCUUUUGACCAACCAGAUCAGCUCUUUUGCCUACAAUUGGACAAAAGACCAGAAUUGGGCUGCCUGUGUAAAUGCAGCUUUUUGGUCUCACUAAAAGUUGUUUAACCUGUUCGCUAGCUGGUGGCUAGUUUAAGCUACUCCUUGUCCAUUGAUGUUAGCUAGUGGUUAGCUCUAGCCACAUUAGCUACUGUACUAAUAACUAUUUACAUUAUAUAUAUAUAUGCACGAAUAUCCAUUUUAUUGCACCUUUAAGCUUUCUUGUCCUAUUCAAACGGGCCAACCAAAGGUACAUAUCAAUAACUGACACGGUUAGUGUUAACAGCUAGAUGAUUGACUCUGCUAAGCUUGGAUACACCCCAAAGAUAAACAAGCUAAGACGUAGGUUUCUGAUUAGCCUUUGACUAUUUGAUUAUUAGUGUCAGACGGCUCCAUAUGUAUUGCUAAUCAAUAAUACAGUUGAUGAGUGCUUGACAUCGGCACCAGUUUGUCAAAUUUUGGUCCAUUUAGUCAACUUGGAGUCGGGGUUUGCAAUAGAAUAGAAUUUGAAUUACUGUCUGUGCUCAGUGGGAACCAAUCACUGUGCAGCAAUGUAAAAUGUUCAACUUGUGGAUUUCACCAAAACGUUUAAUAAAGGCUUAAAGUGGAACUGACAGUA